CUGUCCGCGUCUGGUAGUGCUGCUCUGAUUUCAUUCAACGUCUGCGCGUGUGAACGUGUUUAUGGACGCGAUGGAAGAAGAACUGAAAUGCCCGGUUUGCGGUUCUCUCUUUAGGGAGCCUAUUAUUUUACCGUGCUCGCACAAUGUCUGCCUGGCGUGUGCCCGUAAUAUCAUCGUGCAGACCCCGGAGGGAGAGACCCCUCCGCAGAGCCGAAGCUCCGGCACCUCGGACUAUGAUUAUCUGGACAUGGACAAGAUGAGCAUGUACAGCGAGACGGACAGCGGCUACGGCUCAUACACGCCGUGCCUGAAGUCCCCCAACGGGGUGCGAGUGUUCCCGCCGGCACUGCUGCACCGGCACUGCUCCAUCACCUGCCCUCUGUGCCACCGCAGCGUGUCGCUGGACGAGCGCGGGCUCCGGGGACUCCAGCGCAACCGGCUCCUGGAGGCGAUCGUGUCCCGCUACCAGCAGAGCCGCGCCGCCUCCGUCAAGUGCCAGCUGUGCGACCGCAACCCGGUGGACGCCACGGUGAUGUGCGAGCAGUGCGAUGUGUUUUACUGCGCGCCGUGCCAGCAGCGCUGCCACCCAUCCCGCGGACCGCUGGCCAAACACCGGCUGCUGCCGCCGACUCACGCGCAGGCGGGCAUCGCGCAACCGGCCGCAGGCUCCGCGCGCAAACAGGCGACGUGCGUGGAUCACGAGUCGGAGAACUACAGCAUGUACUGCGCCAGCUGCCGGAGCCCCGUGUGUUACCAGUGUCUGGAGGAGGGCAAACACGGGAAGCAUGAUGUGAAGCCGCUGGCAGCCAUGUGGAAACAGCACAAGUGUCAGCUGUCCCAGGCGUUGAAUGGAGUGUCUGACAAAGCCAAGGAGGCCAAAGAGUUCCUGGUGCAACUGAAAAAUUUGCUUCAGCAGAUACAGGAGAACGGGGUUGAGUUUGAGGCAUGUCUGGUCGCUCAGUGUGACUCCCUGAUUGAAGCGCUCACUCGGCAGAAGGCCAAACUGCUCACCAAGGUCACAAAGGAGAAAGAGAGCAAACUGAAGACUGUAAAGGAUCAGAUAACUCACUGCACCAUGAAGCUCCGGCAGACCACGGGAAUGAUGGAAUUCUGUCUGGAGGUUAUUAAAGAGAACGAUCCCAGUGGAUUCCUACAGAUCUCAGAUGCGUUGAUAAAGCGUGUCCAGGGCUCUCAGGACCAGUGGGUAAAAGGUGCAUUGGAGCCAAAGGUCUGCCCAGAAUUUGCCUUGACCGUCAACACAGACCCUCUGAUGCAGUCAAUUCUCCAGCUGGACUUCACCCAAAAUAAAGAUGGUCAGGAGGCUGCAUCAUUGAAACAAAUGCAUACAGGUGACCAGAAAGAGGAGGAGAACACAGGAGCGGAGACCCCAACAGUGCCUCCUGCACCACUGUUGCAGUUGGAGAAAUGCUGCAUGCGGAACAACAGCGCCACUCUGGCCUGGAGGAUAACUACAGUCCAAGCCCUGCCUGUCGAGGGUUACGUGCUGGAGCUGGAUGACGGGAAUGGCGGGCCUUACCGGGAGGUAUACGUGGGUAAAGAGACAGUCUGUACAGUGGAUGGCCUUCAUUUCAACAGUUCGUACAACGCUCGAGUCAAAGCGUACAACACUGCUGGAGUGGGAGCGUACAGCAAGGUUGUUGUUCUGAAGACCUCCGAUGGUUACAAUGUUGAACUAGUAGAGUUCAACAUUGACGGUCUUUAUGUGGGAACUGUAAAGGAUCAGAUAACUCACUGCACCAUGAAGCUCCGGCAGACCACGGGAAUGAUGGAAUUCUGUCUGGAGGUUAUUAAAGAGAACGAUCCCAGUGGAUUCCUACAGAUCUCAGAUGCGUUGAUAAAGCGUGUCCAGGGCUCUCAGGACCAGUGGGUAAAAGGUGCAUUGGAGCCAAAGGUCUGCCCAGAAUUUGCCUUGACCGUCAACACAGACCCUCUGAUGCAGUCAAUUCUCCAGCUGGACUUCACCCAGAAUAAAGCGGAGACCCCAACAGUGCCUCCUGCACCACUGUUGCAGUUGGAGAAAUGCUGCAUGCGGAACAACAGCGCCACUCUGGCCUGGAGGAUAACUACAGUCCAAGCCCUGCCUGUCGAGGGUUACGUGCUGGAGCUGGAUGACGGGAAUGGCGGGCCUUACCGGGAGGUAUACGUGGGUAAAGAGACAGUCUGUACAGUGGAUGGCCUUCAUUUCAACAGUUCGUACAACGCUCGAGUCAAAGCGUACAACACUGCUGGAGUGGGAGCGUACAGCAAGGUUGUUGUUCUGAAGACCUCCGAUGUGGCAUGGUUCUCCUUUGACCCUACGUCAGCUCACAGAGACAUUGUCCUGUCCAACGAACACCAGACUGUGACGUGUAACAGUUACGAUGAUCGCGUGGUGCUCGGGACAGCUGCCUUCUCCAAGGGUGUGCAUUACUGGGAACUUAGUGUGGAUCGCUAUGACAACCACCCCGACCCCGCAUUUGGUGUGGCACGGAUUAAUACGAUGAAGGACAUGAUGUUAGGGAAGGAUGAUAAGGCCUGGGCCAUGUAUGUGGACAACAAUCGCUCCUGGUUCAUGCACAACAACUCCCACACCAACAGGGCUGAGGGUGGCAUCUCAAAGGGUUCGACUGUGGGAAUCCUGUUAGACCUUACAAAACACACACUGACCUUCUUCAUCAAUAAACAGCAGCACGGACCAGUGGCUUUCGAGAACCUGGAGGGUGUGUUCAUGCCUGCCGUUAGCCUCAACCGCAACGUCCAGGUGACUCUGAUCACAGGUCUGGAAGUCCCAAAGAGCAUCAUGUGAUCAUCUUUGACCAAUGAGAACGAGGCAGAUCUUUCUUAUCAAACGAAUCAGUGCUCUGGAAAAAAUAUGUUUUGGAAUAUUUGAGCUUGGUUUAUAUUUGUUUUCCCUUAUGUUCAUCUGGGUGAUUUGCAUUUCAGUGUUUACAAAUCAUUUCCAUGUUUACAGAAAAACAAACCACUGGAUUAUCCCCACAGGGGCCGAAGAUGGAGUCGGACCCCAAAGCACUUUGAAGUAGAGUUCAGUCUCUUUUUCAUACCUCCAAUGAAAAUUUAGCACAGUUCCACAAAUUAAAACGUAUCAAGCAUUUGAUAGGUUAGCAACGGAGUAAAGCAACCGAUAGCAAUCAAACAACUGCGAGACUAAAAGUGAAUUUGAAAUCAUUUCAGGUUAAUUUCACAUGCUACAUGAAUCUCAGGUUUACUCACCUUUAAUCUGCUGUGUGAUUCAAAAGGCCUCAGCAAAUUCAUCAUCACUCAUACCGGGUUGCUAGGAUUGAAAAAAUCCCAGUCAAGCCAAAGGCCCUGCGUCAGAGAGAGACGUGACUAGUGACGAGAGUGAGUUUACAAUCUCUUUACUUCAACAAAUUCCAAUCCUUAUAUUUGAUGCAGAUCUUUCUCGUAUAAUAAGAAAUAGAUAGUCGAAUGGAGGAUAGAGUGAUUAGGGCGUUGCUAUGCAGUCGCUGUGUGCUCUGGAUGGCUUAAACCGGGUUGUUUUAAAGUUUCUAAUCUGUUCUGUGUAGUUGCUUGGAGGUUACUUACAGUCUUCACCUCAUGGACUACAAAAUAGCACACUUGCUGAAUUAGCUGCACAACUUGAGGUAUCAUUCAUGAUCGUAGCACAUACUGUGGGAUGAGUUACGUGCUGGUGUACCUUAUCGUGUGCACAGUUGUGAUACCUGUCACACACACGAGUUCUGGUUUACAGAAAUGAAAUAAUACCUCCCAUUAGAGAUGGAUUGUUCCCUCACCACCAAGUAUAUUUGGUCUUGGUGUUUCAUAUGAGCCACAGUUGUGAAUAUUUAGCCAGAUCUCAAAUCUCCUUACACUGUGACGGACGUGUUCCUCGAGUCUUGAAGAUGAAAUGUGUUUUUUUCUCCUAGCCCAGCUUAAUAUGCUGAGGCAACUGUAAGUAAGCCAUUUUAGCCUAGUCAAGUCAAGUCACAUUUAUGUAUAUAGCUCUUUUAACAAUACAGAUUAUUUCAAAGCAGCUUUACAGUGAGAACAGGAAAAUAAUGCAAAAAAGUUUGUUUCCAGAUGAAAAUAGCUUACACAGUCCAGCUUACGUAAGUUCAGUGAUGUUUCAUUUUUGUUUUAAAAAAGUUGUUAAUUUAGUUCAUUUUUAUAUAUAUAGGCGCUCUGGAG